CGAAGGCGUAUUUCGUCGUCGUCAGAAACAGACCGCACAACCCGACGGCGCAGACGCCACGCCGGGGGGCGCCGCCGCCGCCGCCGCCGCCGCCAACGCGACGAACCGCGGGUACAAGAAGGCAGGGAAGCCGAGACGAGGGGCUCCAAUGGCGCUCCGCCGCGUGCUCCUCUUCGUCAAGCCCUUCGACGUCUACCCUCCCCGCCCGCUCGCCGCCGCCGCCUCCUCGCCUCCGCCCCCGCCGCCGCCGCUGCGUGUAUCCAAUCCCAAGGUCUUGAAUUAUCUGGAUGAUAGGUGCAGAGUUCACAAGGAAACAAUCAAUCUCUGCAAAAGCGUACUGCAGCGUAAAUCCAUUGACUGGAUUUCAGUGCAGCGAAAUGAUAUGUCUAAUCCAAUACAUGAUGUGGAUCUUGUGAUUUCUGUUGGUGGUGAUGGCACUCUUCUACGGGCUAGCCAUUUUUUGAAUAGCUCAAUUCCCGUUUUAGGUGUUAAUUCAGACCCUACUUGUCCUGAUGAGGUUGAUGAAUUAACUGAUGAAUUUGAUGCAAGGAGAAGCACAGGACAUCUUUGUGCAGCUACGGCUGCAAACUUUGAGCAGAUACUUGAUGCAACCCUUGAUGGUAGUAGGCAACCUUCAGAGUUGUCAAGGAUCUCAGUGAAACUAAAUGGACUUCAGCUACCAACUUAUGCUCUGAAUGAUAUAUUGGUCUCACACCCCUGUCCAGCAAGUGUAUCACGAUUCUCAUUUAGGAAGAGAAGCAACACUGGAGAGAGCUCGCAUUUAAUUAAUUGCAGGUCAAGUGGUCUCAGGGUUGCAACGCCUGCUGGAUCAACUGCUGCUAUGCUAUCGGCAGGAGGAUUCGUGAUGCCAAUAUCAAGCCAUGAGCUUCAGUAUAUGAUAAGGGAGCCCAUUUCUCCAAGGGAUGCUGACAAGCCACUGCUGCAUGGGUUAGUUAAGCAAGGUCAACACAUACUUGUCGUUUGGUACAAUGAGGAAGGCGCUGUUUAUUUUGAUGGUUCACAUGUAAUGCAUUCAAUUCAGCAUGGAGAUACACUGGAGAUCUCCUCUGAUGCUCCAAUCUUGAAAGUUAUUUUGCCAGAAAAUCUGUUAAAGCAGGGAUCUUAGUAAUGCAAUAACAUUAUCAUCGUUAUUGUGCUUGUUAAUAUGGUAUGAUGUUUGACACUUGAGUUUCUGAGAACUGUCUGAUAUAGAUGCGUAUUUAUGUAAUGACAGAGUUAACUUAUGCUAUGAAAUAAAAUAGUGGAUGCUAAUUUUUGUAA